AAGCAAACAGUUAUUGCAAACUAAUCUUACUGCAAAAAAAUAAACACCCUCUUUUACAGAAGUUACCGCAAAUCAACAAAAGUUUAAAGAUGGCGGAAAAUAAAAAAAGUUUAAAGAUAGCGGAAAAUAAAAAAGGUCAAAUUCUCAGUGACGAGGAUAUAAAGCUUGCUUUAUAUUACUACGAGAAGUUGUACUCAAACGUAGAGAAUUUGUCAGGAACCUAUGAUGAUCUUUCUUCUAUAUACGAUGAAGCUGUCUCUAUUUUCAAAUAUGACGCCUACAAAAGACUUGCAAAAGAUUUAGCCGUAUUUCUGGAGCAUAAACAUUUGGAAGAAAAAUUGAUUUUAGAUGUUGGAUGUGGUAAUGGAAAUCUUGGGAAAUCUCUUGUUGAAGAAGGAUUUAAAAAUAUCGAUGGAUUAGAUAUAUCGGAGAAGUUGUUGGAGAUGUGUAAAGAAACAAAAUGUUACAAUAAAUUGUAUAAAGAACCAUUGACAGCUAAUCCAACACCGGAUAUUGAAGAUAACUCAUACGACAUUGCUGUUUCCAGUGGAUGCUACGUCGCGGGUCAUAUACCACUGGAUACGCUAUUUGAACUAACACGUAUUGUGAAGCCUGGUGGUUAUAUAUUCUACACACUUCAUGACCCUAACUACACGAUGGAUUACAUGAAUUGGCAUGGAAAGUUAAUGAAAGAAAAGAAAGCUGAGUUGAUCUCUAUGAAACUGGCACCAUACAGAUUGGAACCACGAAAGAACUUUGAACAAGUUUAUGCUUAUUACGUGUUGUUUAGAGUGUUAUAAAUAUUUUUAGGCACCUUUUCAAUACUGCAAGGGUGUAUUAUAUGCCCCUAAAAUUUAUAAGGUGUAUAUGCACACCCCUGAGAUGUAAAACUGAUUAAUAAAUGCAUAAGAAGGUUAAAAGAAGAAUUUGGAACUAUUAAAAA